AGAUUCCUCUGCAGAAGUCCCUACCCUACACUAGUUCAUAAAAAUAAACAAAAUAAAUACACACAUUAUUCUGCAAAAUUUUCUGAAGUGUUCAUAAAGCUUCUGUUUUCAUUACUCAGUAAGCUUCUCCUACCUCAUUGGCUUGCAGGUGUAAAAGGACCCAAUUUCAGAAAUCAAAUUUGUGGGGGCAACAACAAUUUUCUCAAAAAUAUUGUUUCUGAAACUAUACUAAUCUUCAAAAAAAUUAUGUCUUUUUCUGAGUUGUAAUACUAGCAAGUAUUUCACACUCAACCCACUUCUUCUUUCUCUCUCCUCCAUUUUUGUUGUUGUUGAAACUUGAAACCCCACUUCUAAGUUUUCAUUGUUCUUCCAUUGUCUCUCUCUUUUUUUCCCUUUUCUCCCAUCCUUUUCUCUGCCAAACAAAACCCAGGAAUCAGAAGUUUCAGUUUCAGCCACAAUGUCACUCUCAAUCUCAUUAAUUACCUCUUUAAAAAAAAGUUGCCUUUUUUAAUAGCAAAAAUCUGAGUAUUUUUGUAUUUUUCAUGUUCUUCUUCUCUUUGGUGGGCUCUCACAACAUUUAAUUUACUUUUAAGCCUCUUUUUCACCGUCACAUAUUUCAUUUGGGUUCUUCUGCUUUUUUAUUGGUUUUGUACAUGCCAUAAAUCUUGAAUUUUAGGUAGUUUUGUGGGGUUUUGUUGGAGUAAUGCACAUUGAAGGUUUCAACAAUGGCUACUUUAAUACCUGGGAUUUUGUUGAAGCUUCUACAGCAUAUGAAUACAGAUGUUAAAGUUGCUGGUGAGCACAGGUCUUCUUUACUGCAAGUUGUGAGCAUUGUUCCUGCACUUGCUGGUGGUGAUUUGUUUCAAAACCAAGGGUUUUAUUUAAAGGUUUCUGAUUCCUCUCAUGCUACAUAUGUUGCUCUUCCUGAUGAACAUGAUGAUCUAAUUCGUAGUGAUAAAAUUCAAUUGGGUCAAUACAUUCAUGUUGAGAGGCUUGAAGCCGCCUCCCCAGUUCCGAUUCUUCGAGGCGUGAGGCUGGUUCCCGGGAGGCACCCUUGUGUUGGUACCCCAGAAGAUAUUGUGGCGACUCAUGCUCUCGGGUUCCUAAAUAAUUCUUGUCCGGGAUCGAAAGCUAGUGUAAAAUCGAAAUCAUCAGCGAAGUCAUUGUUUGGUGGUAAAGAGAAGUCUCCUCCCUCUAAGUUGAAUAAUUUUGGAAAAGAUGAGUUGUUAGAUAGGAAAGCUCUACCGAUCAUUCGAUCAAAGUCUAUAUCAUCAAAAUCCUCUGUGAUAUCUGUUGAUAAGAAGGAAUCAUUGGGAAGGGUUAAGACUUCGAGCUCCCAAUCUAUACCGUCAUCUCCUACUAGUUGUUAUUCACUUCCCACUUCAUUUGAGAAAUUUUCCAAUGGGGUCAAGCACCAGGCAAAGAUCAAGAGUGAUAGAGGGACUCCUAAGAUGGGUUUAAUGGAGAAGGUGUCUGCUAAACUAGGAAUGGGGGAAAAGGCUAAUUCUGCACGUACAGCGAGUCCAGUGACUAAGAGGCUAUCAUCCGUGUCUACACCCAAGAAACUGACUCAGGUAAUUGAUAUGGGACCAAAGGCUUUGAGAAGGAGUUGGGAAGGGAGCAUGGAGACAAAGAGUAGAGAUAACUUGAAAGUAAAGACCAGCAGCAAACCUGAUGUGACCUCUUCAGCUCGUAGUACUUCUGUGCCUAAGCGAAAUCCAUCUGAAGACAGGUCUUCAACUAAAGUAGAGAGUAAAGCUCAAAAAUCCUCAAAACCAUCAAAAGUGGAAACUAAAGAUCAUAUAUCUGGAAGAACUUUGGCUACUAAUGGAGUAGCAAUAGAUGAUCUUGAUAAAUUAAGUAAACCGAGAAAUUCUAUUGGGAGGAAAUCUGUGGAUACUGCUAGUAAUGGACUUCCGAGCAAUUUAGUGAAGGUCUCCGCCAGUAAUAGGAGAUUGAUAGAUGCUAGUGUCCUGUGGACAUCUCUUCCCUCCUCUGUCACAAAGCUUGGAAAGGAAGUUCUGAAGCUCAGAGAUUCAGCACAAAUAGCUGCAAUAGAGGCAAUGCAAGAAGCUUCAGCUGCCGAGAGUAUACUUCGUUGUUUGAGCAAGUACUCCGAGCUAAGUUCAUCAGCCAAGGAAGAUGACCCACAACCGGCAGUAGAACAGUUUUUGGCUCUGCAUGCUAGUUUGAAGAGCGCACUUCUCACAGUAAACUCCCUGUCUAAAAAUACUGCAGUUGGCUCGUCCCCAGAUAGUCAAGAAACCUUAUCAGAAGAAACACAAAAGAUUAUAUCAGAGAAGAGAAAACAGGCAGGUUCUUGGGUUAAUGCAGCCAUAGCCACAGAUCUAUCAACAUUCUCGGUAUAUAGUGAUCGACCAACAUUAACAUCACUUCCAAUUUCCUUGCAAUCACAGAAUCACAAACUUAACCCUGGAAAUUCACCCAUUCUAAUUCUCGAGAAUGCGAGUAAAAAUGCAUCUCCUAAGACCCUAUCUAAACCUCGCUUAUCAGUUAGCUCUAAGGCUUCUUCUCCUGGGACCCCACGCCGAGCUGGUGAAGUGCUGGCUAGUAGCCAGAAGGCACGAGUGACGCUGCCGCCUCCAGAAUGGGAUCGAGGAAAUGGGCUUGAUGAGUAUGUGGACUUGGCUGAGAAGCUUCAGUCCGAAUCACAGAAUUGGUUCUUGAGAUUUGUGGAGCGGUUUUUAGAUGCUGACGUGGACACAUCUGCAUUGUCAGACAAUGGUCAAAUAGCAGGUAUGCUUACUCAGCUGAAGAGUGUCAAUGAUUGGUUGGACGAGAUAGGUGGAGGUUCAUCCAAAGAUGAGGAACAGGAAGAAGAGGACGACGAAGAAGAGGCUCGUGUCUCAGGGGAAACAAUUGAUAGGCUGAGAAAGAAGAUAUAUGAGUAUCUUCUAACACAUGUGGAAUCGGCUGCUGCUGCACUUGGGAGUAGCUCACAAACACUUCCACCUGUUCGUACCACAGAAUCUAAAGGCAGAAGAUAGUCAUUAUUCAUCAUUUUUCUGGUAUAAAGUUCAGCAAAGGUGCAGAAAUACAGAUUUUUAUUACCCUCCUAGCCAUCUGAUAUGUGCAGAAAUUUUCCCUUUUAUUCUGUAUAGUGAUCUUUCCUUAGGGAUUUAAGGUAUACGUUAAGCUUGUGGUCAUUUAUGGUUGAUGAUUUGUUAUGGGUAGUUUAGGUCAGGUUCACAGCUUUUGUGGGCUUUAUUUUGGUGCUAAUUGUGUGCCCCAAAUUGUACACUGAAGUUAGUCUUUGAGGAGAAAAAUAGAAAGCUUGUUUCCCCUAAUUUUAAGUGUGUUGUAUUGAUUCUUGUGCUACAUCAUGAGGACAAAACAUAAUUUAAAGAUGGUUAAUAUUUAA